AAGUGAUGUUUGAUGAAGGACUUCAGACUUGAAAUUGUUUGACAUCACCACAAAUCAAGCAUUCCAGUUCAGGGUUAUUCAUGUAGAUCAAGGAAGACGGAGUUGGCAUAACAUUUCAUUCGGGGGAAAAGAGCUGGGAACGCUUAAAAAAUGCCGAUAUCCAGCUCUCGACGUCGGCUGACAAGCCCGUUUGUAGGCCCAUCGGGAAGUAGCACAUCGUCGUUGUUGAACACCUCUUCUAACACACAAAUUGUACGUUCGGUAGACAAAGAGGGCGUCACAUCAGAUAACGGACUGGAAACAUUGAAGAAACGGGGAAGAGUGAAUACAAACAGCAUUAAAUUCCCAAUCUUGGCUCGAAUUCGACCGUCAGUUCGGAUAGACUUCAACGUCAGUCAUGGCACACCUCAGUCCAAACCUCGCCGCAGAGGGCGCACCACCCCGCUGACAACACCGACACCCAGCAACACCGCUGCUCGUCGACUGCAACACGGUGAUCAACGGCUGUCGAUGGGCAAGGACCAGUUUGCUCUGAAGAAGAUUCGAUUUUUCAACGCCCCACCAAAGCCUGCACCGCUGACGCUGUGCUUCUCCUACCCGGGAUACGAUCUGAUCCAUCGGGAUGUGCUGGACGGCAUCAAGAAAAGGAGACCUAUCGACGUCAAGAGAAUCAAGAGCAUUCAGUUCGUCGAUAUGAAUGUCAUUCUAGGAGCAGCGGGAGUUGAUAAUAGAUGGUUAAUAACCCUAAAAGAUCAUGAUGCCCGUUACAAACUCUUCCGGGACGGACUGUCUAUCAAGGGCGAACGAGUCUUUCUCAGACGGUACGACGACGUCAACUUCGAAGAUUACCGGGACUACUUGAGGCGGAAGAAUACUUUGCAAAGUGAUGCACACACCGCUGUGCAGAGACUCUUAUCUCUCUGA